AUGCCCGACGCCGAGGUGCAGCACAAGCAGUAUCCCUUUUGGACUGGAGGUGGGCGUUUUCUUCUUUUCUCAGCCCUACUGAAGCCCUGUUGAAGUUGUGCUGAUGUUGUCGUCGCCCUGUGCUGCUCCGGCUUGCCCGAAUCGACCUACCUAUCUUGGGAUCCACAGGUGCCGCGGCUUCGUUCGCUGCAGUAUGCACUCGUAAGUGCUGUCGACCAGGUCAAGUGGGCUGGAUCAGGAUCAUAUAUAUUCACAUGUUGAAAUUCCGUCUUUGAACCUUCUGCAGAUCCACUGGACCUGGCCAAGGUGUAAGCAGCAUCGCGAUCUUUCCUCCUUUCCGGCAUCUCGUGCCAGACCAAAACCGGACCUCAGUUACCCCUCCGAUUCGAAUGCGGCUAAAACCGGCGUUGCUUCUAUCAAUGUACUUUACACAGUCGCAUGCAAACGAGUGAAAGCAAAGGGCUGGUCAACACGUUGAAAACCUCGAUCCAAAACGAUGGUGCGUGCGACAUUGUGCUCCCAGCCGAGGUAGCCCCUCCCCCCACACGGCCUUCCAACUUUGCUCGGUCAUCUCGCUGACGUGAUCUCUUGUUUCUCCGCCCGAACGUCUCGCGUGAACAGGAAUUAGAAGAGGAGCCUACGCUGGACUAUCGGCCUCGAUCCUACGUCAGAUGACGUACUCGCUCACUCGCUUCGGCGUGUACGACGCUUUGAAGGAGGCUAUGACGACUCCGGCCGAACCUACCUUGCCGGCAUGGAAGAUGGCGAUCGCUGCAUCCGUUGCAGGUGGUUUAGGGGGGGUCGCGGGAAAUCCGGCGGACAUCGUCUUGGUUAGGAUGACGAGUGAUGCGACACGACCGGCGGCCCAGAGGUUAGGUUAUCGGAAUUGGUUAGUCCGGGCGGAGACGAGCCCUGAAACGACCUCGGAGCUCCAGGACUAACGCUGUGUCUUUAAUCUUCGACAGCUUUGAUGGUGUAGCCAGAAUUAUCCAGGAGGCAGGUUCAUCGGCUUUGUUCCGAGGACUCGGCCCGAACGUGGCCAGGGCCGUGUUGAUGAACGCUUCUCAGCUUGCGACGUGAGUCUUCAAAGCUUCACCGCCGAGGUGACCUCGUUCGUGGCGAGUAUGAGCUCAAACUGUUGUAUCUGCCGUGUGCUUCUGCAGUUACGACGUCUUCAAGGGUGUGAUUAUGAGGGCCAUGUUAAUGGACGAUGGCUUGGGGUUACAUUUUACCUCUUCCUUCCUCGCCGUGAGUGUGUACCCACUUCGAGGACACCGGGGCGUGGUCCGGUUUGUUCACGCUCCCUAUCCUAUCCACAGGGCACGGUCGCCACGACAAUAUGUGCGCCGUUCGACGUCAUCAAAUCGCGGAUAAUGAACGCUUCUGCACAUGAGCCAGUCAGUGCGACGUAUUCACAGCACAAGUGGGCGACUGUGGUGCUGACCAGCCGUGAUCUCCCGUUCACCUUCGGCAGAUUUCGACCAUCAUCUCGCGCUCGUUCAAGACCGAAGGCGUGCGGUGGAUGUUCAAAGGCUGGACACCGGCAUGGAUUCGACUCAGUCCCAACACCAUCAUCAUUUUGUAAGACACGCACCUCUUCUCCCAACGAGCAUCCUACUCGAGCUGACCGUGACUCCGUCGCGGCGUAGUAUGUCCUUGGAGCAACUCAAGCGCUUGAUCGACGUGGUUAGAGGGCCGUGA